AUGGCCAAGUUGAAGCGGCCAACAAGGAAUUCUCCUAAGGAAUCAACAGGUUCGACACCUUUUCGAUUAACGUAUGGUCAUGAUGCUGUGUUACCUGUUGAAAUAAUGAUGCAGUCAAUUCGAGUGCAAAGGCAAUGGGAACUACCCCCUGACCAUUAUUGGAAUUUAAUGUUAGAUGAAUUAACAGACGUGGAUGAGGAGAGGUUACAGGCGUUGGAUGCUUUGAUUCGACAAAAGGAACGAAUUGCUAAGUCAUAUAAUAAAAGGGUUAAAUCCAAACUCUUUGACGUAGGAGAUUUAGUUUGGAAAGUUAUCCUUUGUUAG